AUGGAAGAUUGUGUAGCGCCGUUCGAUGCGGAUGGAAGUAUGAAAUGGUUCGGACGUCGACAGUACCAGCCGGUGAAUGGGUGCGCGGCCGACGACUCGAUCGAGGUGGACCGGAUUUCUUUCGCGAGCAACUCUUCCGAGGACGAAGAGCCGCCGCCUCUCAUCUCCUUCACGCCGCCGUCUUCUCAACCCGAAAUGUUUGGUGCAGCUUCCUCGGCCCUGCCUCUUCAGCCACAAAUCUUGCUCGAAGGUUUGUGAAGAAGUAGAGCUGUGUGGCAAGGUUAAAGGAGAAUUGAUUACUUAAGAGUGAGAACCAAGAGAGAAAUAUUCUUGUUGUUAGAUGGUUCUAAAAGAAGAAAAAUAUUUAAAAAAAUUUUUUCCCUCCAAGAAUCAAUGAACUGAAAUAUAUACUUUUUUCUGUAAGGUAGAGUAUAAACUUGAAAGAACGAUGCUAGCUUUUCACAAAAAUCGCGAUUUUGUGUGUACUCAGCUUCAUUUUUGACCGUCCCAACAGAAUAAAACGCUCAGUCAUCUUCCCCUGAAAAAAUUCGAAUGAAAAUUGUUCUCGAGUUGGCGUUCAUUUGGAGCUAAAAUACUCUUCUUUACACUGUCAAAAGAUGUUGGAACGAAGCAAUUUUCCAGGAAUUCCAAUCAGAACGGAAUCUGGGGGGAGCGGAUCUCAGUACAGGUAGGAAACCUUCGAAAAUUGAAAAAGUACCAUUGAAAUUCACUUUUAGAGGAGAGGAUCUUCUCACAGAUUCAGCCGAGACUGAGCCUGGAUCAUUCUCAAGGCAGUCGAGUAUUAGAUACGCGACGCCUUGCGCCAAAGGCCAACUUUUUGAUUCCGAGAAAUCUGAACUGCCGUCCGUCCUCAGAACUUCUCUUUUCUGGUCGGUUUUAGUUGUGAAAGGAAUUUUAAUAUAAAUAACACGUUUAAAAAGGAAAAACCGAGUUUGAAAUAGGUAAAUUUUUUAAAAAUCUUGUUUCCAGGUAUGACGAAGAUGAAGUUCCGGAAAUGUCUGAGCCCAAAGUUUCUGCUCGACACGAUGAGGAAGUUGAUGACAAUAAAAUGGCUGUUUUAUGUCGUUCCAUCCAAGCUUCUAUCGGUAAGAACGACAAAUUUAUUCUCAAAUAAAUUUUUUUAAGGUUUGAUGGAGCGAACUCGAUGGUACAACACAGUUUCUAGAGAUCCAAUUCUGUCUUCGUGUGUUAGCAGCGUUCGUUUUGUUUUUCCUUUCUUCGAGCUGAUUUGCUAGUUAUUUUUCUAAUGCCAUUCUUUUUAUUUUAUUUUAUGUAGUUUCGGAUUUUUUUCCAACUGAAAGGGUAGGCCACCGAUAAAAUGUAUCAUUUUUUUGAUUUCAUGAAGAAAAAAAUUUAAAUGAUGGGAGUGUUGAAUAUGAAAAAAAUAAUAUUGGAAUGAGUUAUUUUUUUCCUUUCAUCAGUUUCACUCUAAUUUUAACAAAAAAAGUUUUUCACAAUUUUAACAACAAAAGUUUUUCACGAUAUUCUUGAAACCAAAACCAUUCAGAAGUUAUUAAUUUGCAUUUUCAGAUGGACCCCGAGUUUCCGAUAGCGAUUCUCAGGCCGGAUGAGACCGAAGGCUGCUCCAUCGGACUGAGUCAGUCGACGUCGACAAUCGGAGAGUCGAACGCCUCGCUGGCGUCGAGCCACGGCGACGACUUCUGGAUCACGCGAGUUCCUGCGAGACUUGGAAUUGACGCCAUCGAGUUGGUUCGCAAGAAGAACGACACGGUCGAGAGCAUCUGCUCAGCCGUCCUCAACAAACAUUUCUCUCAAGACAGACCGAGGGACAAAAGAAUCCGGAAAAUGGUGCCUCAGUACUGCAACGUCUCCUCUUGGAUAGGGUCUCUCGGUCCCAACGUCGUCAAGAGCAAAAACACGAUGCCGCAAGUGGUCGACGACUGGGUUCUGAAGGUCCACAAAGUGCCCAACGUCCGCGUCGGCCUCGAAGCUCAGCAAUCACGGUGCGCCAACUGCGGCGCCUUUCUCUCGGCGACGCAUAACGCCAAGACGGCCAGCGAGCACGGCGACAUGAAUCCACGCUUCUGCGAGUACUUCGGUCUCUUUUUCUGCUCCCUGUGCCAUGGCGGCGAGAAGAGCAUCCUCCCUGGCAAAAUCAUUCUGGCGUGGAACUUCUCCGAAUCUUUCGUCUGCGACAAGGCUCUCAGGUUUUUUCUUUUUCAAGUAUUUUAAACAGCUAAAACAAGGGAAUGCAUUUUGGUUAUCGGAGUCGAAACUUUUUCAUAGUAUGAACAUGAAAAAAUGAAUCCGAGGUUUUUGUUAGAAAUAUCGUUUAUUUCAAAGUUUGAUUUUCGCAGAGUACUAUUUUGGUCUUUUUUUCGAAAAAAAUUUGUGAAAUCUUCAAUCUCAUUCUCCUUCAAUACUUCCAAUCUGAUGUGUUUUAGGUUUCUGAAAGGAGUUCGAGAAAUGCCCGUCCUUCAUAUCCGAGAGCUUUCUCCAGAGCUCAUUGCAAAGAACAAAGCUCUGCGGGCUGUUAUCGAAAUCCGAGAGAAGCUGAAGCACAUGGAGCAGUUCAUCAAGGUUUUUCUGAAACAUUUGAAUGGCUUUCGGUUCAAUCAAAGUGGGAGAAAUGUUUCAGAUCUGCGCACAGGCGACCGAGUACGUGACGGAGCACGGGAAUCUGAGCACGAUGUUCGCGAGUCUCGACAGGUAUCUUCUGGAGUCGAGCGACGUCUUCUCCCUCAACGACCUGCUAAGAGUUUACAACAAGGUUUUUUGUUUAUAUCUUUCACCUGAUGAAUAAGUUUUUUAGGAUCUAAUCAAUCACUUGGAGCCACUUGCACGGUUUUCGCGCACUCAUAUUUCAAAUUGCGAAGAUUGUUGGAAACGAGGCCACGUCUGCAUUCGCUGCAACAAGGGCGCCAAUCUUUUCCCUUUCGAAGACCGAGUUUUCAGGUUCUUUUUUGAUUGAAAUCGGUAUCUUAAGAAUCCCCACUUUUAGCCUUAUUUUCAAAAAGGGACUUGCUUUUCUCCUUUCCGGUAAGAUUUGAGCGUAUUUGAUUAUGUUUUUGGACUUCAUGUUGUAAUCUAAAUUUUAGUAAUUUCAAUUGCAAUUCACAAUAAUUUGUACAAAUGGCGGGACUCUUCUUCAUUAUCGAUAGCUCCAAAUCCUUUUUAGAGUUAGCAUUACUUCAUUGAAGAUGUUGAUCUUGUAAUGCUUCAAAAUAUUUUAGUAUCAAUACAAGUUCUCCAAACCCAUAAGCUUCAGAAAGUUUAGUUUUGCAUUUUUAUUUUUUCAGAUGCGGAGUUUGUGGAGCGCUUUCGCACUUGCCCAAAUGCCCCAACGGCGACGCGAUGCCGCCUGGAUCCGCCUGCCCGAAAUGCGCCAGAAACCUGCGAAAUCGCGCUCGCCAGAGGAUCGUCGGCGAAAUGAACGAUUUCUGA